AUGGCAGGUAAGGACGGUCCCUUCAGCCAGUACUCUCACAUGCUCACACAUGUCGCAGACCUGCACAGCAACAACUCCUUUGAUUCGGGCGCCAGCCUGAUGCCCGCCUUCCAGGCCGGCGGCUUCACUUUGGAGCAGGUGUCUGCGUUCACCGCGAUCAACGACCCUUCGGUCGCAUCCGGCUCCACGCGCACCGUGUCUCCCAAGGACAUCUUCGCCGAUGCUUUUGGCUCUGCACCCCCAUCCGCGGCGUUUACCAACCUGACCUCGCCCGACAUUGAUGCCUCGCCCUUCAUCAACGACAGCUUCGAGACCUCACCCAUGUUCCAGGGUGAGCCUAUGCUGACUAACACAAACGACUGGUUCUCUCUGUUUCCCGAAGAGGAGAACAGGCUUCAUGAAGUCAAGUACGCUCCUGCGAUGCCGCUGCCCAUGGAGCGCACCGUCAGCAGUCAGUCUAUGGAGCGAUCCGGCUCCUCCAGCAUGGGAUCGCCAAUUGUCUUGGACACCAGCUCGUUCCGAAGGAAGUCGUCCGUCACUAACUCGCCCGCCACCAACGGCAUCAGCAAGUCUCGUCGACGCAAGGGAGCCCUCCCUGCAAUCACUGUCGAUCCCAACGACAAGAUUGCCUUGAAGCGGGCGCGUAACACGCUUGCCGCUCGUGAGUCUCGACAGAGGAAGUUCGACCACGUGUCGGAGCUGGAGGCCCGCAACGCAGACCUUGAGGCUGAAAUCGAAAAGUGGAAGAACAUUGCUCUAGCUCAUGGUUACACAGGAGCAUGA